AUGUUGAUCACCAGGAAGAUCUUGGUAGUAUUGCUGCUGCUUCUAUUGCUGGGCCAUGCCGUAUGCAAGAAACAGUCCAUUCCUUGCACCACAGCUGUUGAUCUUCUUCCUAUCCCUCAUGCAUUUUAUCAGCCGGGUGACCUGAUUGUUGGUGCGAUUGUUUCUCAAGUCUUCUACGUAUACGACACUCCCUCAUUCAAAGAUCAUCCUGCCCAGUUGUUCGUUUCUGAACCUAUUUCGGUGCCAAAGAACUACCAGCACAAUUUAGCCUUGGCUUUUGCUGUAAAGGAGAUCAAUGGGAAUCCCAACAUCUUACCAAACGUCACUUUGGGCUUCCACAUCCUCAACAGCUACUUCAAUGCAAGGAUGACCACUAAAGCCAGCCUGGGCUUGCUUUUUUCACAGCACAAGUUUGUCCCCAGUUACAAGUGUGACACACAGAGCAAUCCAAUUGCAAUCGUUGGAGGACUGAGUUCAGAAACGUCCGCUGAAAUUGCCACCAUGGUCACCAUUUACAAGAUGCCACAGAUCACUUAUGGAUCGUUUCCCCCAGUGCAGGACAGUAAAUCAUUUCUUACUUCCAUGUAUCAGAUGGUCCCCAGUGAAGCCAGUCAAUGUAUGGGAUUUAUCCGAUUAUUUCACCACUUCCGAUGGACGUGGACUGUUCUGUUUGCUGCAGAUGAUAACAAUGGGGACAGGUUCUUGCAGGUCAUGGUGCCAAUGCUUGCUGGGAAUGGCAUCUGUUUUGACUUCACUAUAAGAUUACGAAAACAUAUUUAUUUUCAAGAUGUGCUGCAUUAUUUUCUAAGGAGCAUCAUGUUUAACAACAGUGCUGGAGACAGUGUGUGUUUUGAUGAAAAUGGACAACUGAGAGCUGUUUUUGAUCUUACAAACUGGGUAACGUUCCCAAAUGGAUCUUUUGCCAGAGUAAAAGUGGGAAGGCUGGAUCCUCAGGCUCUUCCAGGCAAAGAGUUGACCCUGAAUGAUGAUCAAAUUGUGUGGCACAGAACUUUUAACCAGGUGGUGCCCGUUUCUGUCUGCAGUGAAAGUUGUCAUCCGGGCUAUACCAGGAAAAAGAAGGAAGGGGAGAAAUUUUGCUGCUAUGAUUGUGCUCAGUGCCCAGAAGGAACCAUUUCUCAGGAGAAGGACAUGGAUGCCUGUGUCAAAUGUCCUCAAGACCGUUAUGCCAACAACAACCAAAAUCAAUGCAUCCCCAAGGUCCUAAGUUUCCUCUCUUACAAAGAACUAUUAGGAAUCACCCUGGCUACAUUAGCUAUUUCUUUCUCUUUGAUCACAGCGUUGGUGCUUGGAAUUUUCAUAAAGCACCAGGAGACUCCCAUCGUCAAAGCCAACAACCAGAGCCUCACCUACCUUCUCCUCAUCACCCUCCUUCUUUGUUUUCUCUGCUCCUUGUUCUUCAUUGGACAGCCUGUAAAAAUGACUUGCCUUCUCCGGCAAGUUACUUUUGGCAUUGUCUUCUCUGUGGCCCUUUCCAGCAUGUUGGCCAAAACCAUCACUGUAAUUUUAGCAUUCGUGGCUACUAAACCUGGAUCCAAGAUAAGGAAGUGGGUGGGGAAAAGGAUGGCAACUUCUGUUGUCCUUUUCUGCUCCUUUGUUCAAACAGUUAUUUGUGCUCUUUGGCUAAGUACUUCCCCUCCAUUCCCUGAUAUGGACAUGCACUCACUUUCAGACAAAAUCAUACUGGAAUGUAACGAGGGCUCUGUUACCAUGUUUUAUCUUGUCCUGGGCUAUAUGGGCUUCCUGGCCAUUGUCAGCUUCACUGUGGCUUUCUUUGCUAGAAAGUUACCUGAGAGUUUCAAUGAAGCCAAGUUUAUCACCUUCAGCAUGCUUGUGUUUUGCAGUGUUUGGUUGUCCUUUGUUCCAACCUACCUGAGCACCAAAGGGAAAUCCAUGGUGGUUGUGGAGAUUUUUUCCAUCUUGGCCUCCAGUGCUGGCUUACUGGGUUGUAUCUUUACCCCUAAAUGCUAUAUCAUUGUUCUGAGGCCUGGGCUGAACAAUAGGGAUCAAUUAAUGAGGAAGAAAGUGACAAAAACAUAA